AUGGCGACAGUGCAAUCAUCUGGCCUGUCGAGCCUUUUACGGGGAAACCUCCGCCCGGAGCCACGGAUCGCUGCGAAGAGCUCAGCCGGCCCGGCUCCGUCGUGCCAUACGAGGCAUCCGGUGUGCGCCAUUCGCGCUCGAGCCGACGGUAGAAGCAGGUCCGGAAGAUUUGCCGCUUCUUCCGCAGCGGCCGCGUCCAGCACCUAUAGUAUCACAGUGCCCGACGAGGUGCUUGACCUGCCCGCCAGCUCGGCCCUUCCGGACCUGCCCGAGCUGCCCAAGUUUUCUUAUCCCACCAGGGAUGCUGCCCCCACUUUUGAGAAACCAGGAUUCAGCAUGCCCGAAUUCAAGAAGCCCGAGUUUACCAUGCCCGAGUUUAAGAAACCUGAGUUUGAGUUUAGCCUGCCGGAGUUUAAGAAGCCCGAGUUUAGCAUACCAGACUUCCAGAAGCGACAGUUUAGCCUGCCCGAAUUCAAGAAACCCGAAUUUUCGCUGCCCGAAUUCAAGAAGCCUGACUUUGCACUGCCCGAUUUCAAGAAACCCGACCUUGCGCUGCCCGAGUUCAAGAAGCCUGAGUUCUCGCUACCCGAAAACCUUUCAGAUUUGAAGGCGCCUUCCUUCUCCCUGCCCGAAUUCGCCAAGCCAGAAUUCAAGCUGCCCGACACGUCCGAGCUCCCUCUCCCUAAAACCGACUUCAAGCUGCCCGACAUCCCCACCCCAGAGUUCAACCUGCCCGAAAUCCCGCUUCCAGCCAUCCCCAUCCCGAGCCUCCCCGCCCCGCCAAGCAUCCCCGUGCCGAAGCUAACCGUGCCUCGGGCGAUCUCCGAGCCUGUCGAGAACGCAGUGGCGGCGGCGACCGCGUCGGUUGCGGACUCGGCGGCGGCGGCGGCGGCGGUGGCGCAGCGCGAGUACCUGGCGGCGUACUCGGCGCUGCGCGAGAGCGUGCCGGCGGACGCGCUGCCGCUGGUGGAGAAGGUGGAGGCGAACCUGGCUUCGCUGUGGGACGCCGCUAGUGGACUGACCAAGGAGGUGGCCGUGCAGGUGGCGCUGCUAUCAGCGGCGGCGGUGCGGGCAGCGUAUGGGGCGGCGGGCUUUGAUGCGGACGACACAGUCGUGGCUGCUACGCUCAUCACCACAGCCACGCUGCUGCUCGGAGUGGCGUAUUGGAGGGCAGCGUACGGCGGGUAUUCAGGCAACCUGUCAGCGGAGGAGGCACUGGCGGUGCUCAAGGAGAGCAAGGCCGUGCUGGUCGACAUCCGCCCUGAGUUCCUGAGGGACGAGAACGGCAUUCCUGACCUGCGCAGGGGGGCGCGCUUCAAGGACUGCAGUGUCAAGUUCGAGAAGCUGGACGGGCCUCUGAGGGGGCAGGUGCGCAGCCCAGACGUGGUGGAUCUGCAGCUCAUGGCCGCUAAGAUCAAGGGCGUCAGGGGCGUGCAGAAGGACACGCAGGUGAUUAUAAUGGAUGAGAGCGGCAGCAACCUGGCAAAGGAGAUCGCCAGGGGUCUCUCCAGAGUGGGCUUUAAGCGCUCGUACGUGAUGGAUGGGGGCUUUGAUGCCUGGGUGGCCAGUGGGCUGCGAGUCAAGCCCAACGAGCCCGAGCGUGCAGCGGAGGUCCUCAGGAAGGAGUACGAGGCGUUUGUGGAGGACGUGCAGCCCACGCCCCUGGGAGUCGCCACCGUGGUGCUCGGCACUGGAGUCGGCAUCUUCGCCCUCAUCGAGUGGGAGCGGUCGCUGCAGCUGCUGGGAGUGCUGGCAGUGGUGCAGUUGAUCUACAUGCGCGUCAAGACGUACGAGACUGAAGAGGACUUGCAGCGGGAUGUGCGAGCACUGCUGACGCCCUUCUCGCUCGCAGCAUCAGCAGCAGGGUGGGCCCUCGGCACCUCCUCUUCUGCCUCGGCAGCACCCAAGCCACUUCCACUGACGCGCUGGCGAGCCGCCACGGACCGCUCCUCCGUUGAUUCUCGGCCUCAGAUCGGAAUUCAUCUCCUGUUCAGCUCCCUCUCUCGGAUCCGCCAUGGCAAUAUCGGCCGCCAUUCGCGCUCCCAGCGUUUCCAACCUCACACGGGCCUGCGUCAACUGUGCAAGCAGACGCGGGCCGGGACAGAUAACGACAGCGUGCGCGUCAGUGACAUGCCAUCCCAGGUGCACGCUUCGGCUCGCGUCCAGCGACGGUCAGCCAAGCGCGGGCCGUGCAACGUGUGCGGAACUGGUAAGCCUUUGAAAGCCGUGACAGUACCGACCGAUAAGCCCCAAGGCAGCAGCAGCAACACCAACGGCGGGCUUUGGGGCUUAGAUAAUUCAUUAGGUGGUCUACUGACUCCCGAAGCUGAUAUCAACGUGCUCUCCUCCCCUUCCCUGCUUUUCCCCGGUCCUGGCGGCGUUGUUGGCGGCGCUGACAACGCGCUGUACUUUACAGAAGACGACGAGGAUGAGGAGGAAGAGGAGCGGCUGUACGACGCUGUGAGUCUCAGCAGCAGCAUCAGCAGCAGCGGCGACGACGUGAGCAGCGAGGGAGGGUUCAGCCGCGUGAGCAGCACCGGCAGCCUGUCCGGCCUGGAUGACCGUGUACGCGUUAAAGUGCAUCCGGGCCGAGCGGACAUCUUUAACGGAGCGGAGCAUCUGAGACUGCACGCGGACGGCAUGAUGGAGCUGCGGCGCGUCAAGGACGGCGUGCCUGUGCUUAUAACCGCGGGGAGAGUCUCCCUCCCCGACACCUGCCGUGACUAUAUCGAGUCGUGCGAGAUCACCGUGCUGGACGAGUCGAUCGGGGCCGUCCAGCUCAAGUGGAUCAACGGCUCUGCGCUGCGCGUGGUGGCGGCGAGCCCUGCGGGCGCGGAGAAGGGCGACCUGUCCGCGCUGCCCUUCGACCGCGACCAUGGCAACCCCGCCUCCGACCCCUCCUGGGCCAAGAAGCUGGCGUGCGGGUUCGUGUGUGAGUUCAGCGUGGCGCAGCACGCGGAGCAGGAGGCGCGCGGAAUGGCGGAGGUGGAGCUGGACAUGCGCGCCGCGGGGUACUGGUUCGGCGGGGGGCACUACAUGCGCCAGCACUGGCCGCUCAACCGCGGCCAGUUCGAGAUGGGCCCCUUCUUCCCGUUUGACAACGGCCCAAACGGCACCAACACUCUACUAGCCCCGCAGUGGAUGACCUCACGUGGUCUACUCGUGCUGGCCAAUCCCGACACGCCCUUCCUGCACGUGGGGCUGAACGCGCCCCACGUGGGUCCCCACGACGGCUGGAUCCAGCGCUCCUGGGGCACGGGCGUGCAGAACCUCGCGCGCGAGUCGCUGCCAGCGGUGGAGAACGGUACGGGGGACGGCAUGCUGCGCCUGCAGGCGCGCGCCAGCUACCGCACCGUCGAGAUGCUGCACCCGCUGAGGGACUGGAUGCCCGCGCCCUGGAAGGAGGAGCAGGCCAAAGACCAGCGCCUGUGCCUGCAGUUCGCCCUGUGCGCCACGGCCAACGUCAAAGAAGCAGCCGAAGCGGCUCUCGAGACCCUGCCGCGCCCGGCGAACCCGCCGCCGCGGGAGAUGGUGGAUGCGCCGAUCUGGACGACGUGGGCGCGGUACCAUGCCAAGGUGACGCAGGCCAAGGUGGAGCAAUUCGCCCAUGAGAUCGUGGGGCGCGGGCUGGCCCGGUCCGUCAUGGAGAUUGACGACAAGUGGCAGACCAAGUACGGCGACUUUGACUUCGACCCCGUCAAGUUCCCCAACCCCAAGGCCAUGGUGGAGAUGUUGCACGCGUUGGGCUUUAAGGUGACGCUCUGGAUCAUGCCCUUUGUGGAGGAAGCUUCCGCCGCAUACCAGGAAGGCGCGCCGAAAGGCUACUUCAUUUCAUCCAGCGCACCGGCCACCAAGGGUUUGAAGCCGGGCUUCUUCAAGUGGUGGCAGCCCGUGCCAGCAGCGGCCCUCGACGUGACCAACCCCGAGGCAGUGGCCUGGUUCGUGGGGCGCCUCAAACGCCUGCAAGCAGAUUACCUCAUUGAUGGCUUUAAGUUUGACGCGGGGGAGCCGUGCUUCCUCCCCCCGCACUUCGUCACGCACAAACCCAUCGUCACCCCGGUGGAAUACACACGGCUGUAUGUUCAAGAGGUGGCGUCGCAGUUCAGCUACGCGGAGGUCCGGACAGGGCACAAGACCAGCAGCGUGCCGCUGUUGACGAGGAUGGGGGAUAGAUUCUCCACGUGGAGCACGGGGAACGGGCUGCGGAGCGUGAUUCCCACGCUGCUGACGUCGGGGAUUCUGGGGUACCCGUUCUGUUUACCCGACAUGGUGGGGGGCAACGCGUACUUUGGCAACAAGCCGGACGUGGAGCUGCUGGUGCGGUGGGCGCAGGCCAACGCGCUCAUGCCCGCCGUGCAGUUCUCCAUCGCCCCCUGGGACCUCAGCAAGGAGGCCGACCGCCUCUGCAAGGCCGUGCUCGAGCUGCGGGAGAAGGUAGCGGGCACGAUAUUCAGCCUCAUGGAGGAUGCAUGCUCCAAGGCCCUCGCCCCCGUGUGCCGCCCCAUGUGGUGGCUCGACCCUGACGAUGCCGAGACGUUCCCCAUAGACGACCAGUUUGCGAUAGGCGAUGACAUCAUAGUGGCUCCUGUGGUGGUCAAGGGGCAGAAGAAGCGCGACGUCUACCUCCCCAAAGGCACAUGGUGCGAGCUGCUGAACCCAUCCAACACGUUUGAGGGCCCCACAUGGCUGGAGGAUGUGGAAGCGCCCCUCCACAUCAUCCCCAUAUACUGCCGAGUCGUGCCGACCGACAUUGCAUCACCAAACCAGGAGGGCGGGCAGGAGAUGUCAGAGCAUGCAAGUGCAAUGGUGCCGGUGCCCGUUCGGAUAGAAGACGCAUCGCUGGUGCUUGCUGAUAGUGAGUCUCUUGCGGAGAGCUCAGCAACACAGACAGUAAAAUGCUAA